GUCAUGUGGACACUGCACUGGUGUGUGGGUGUAAUCUGACAAUUACACCAGCCAUGGCUCUAAAUCAACAAAUACUGGGAAUGUGUUCAAAGAGAGGAGUUUGCGCUCCACUGGACAGCGGGGCCGACGGCUACGUAAAGGGAGACGCGGUUUGUUGUGUACUUUUACAGCGACGACCGGAGGCCCGGCGUCUGUACGCAACCAUACGUUCAGUUCGUAUAAAUGUCGACGGCUUUAAGAAAGACGGAAUGUUUCGUCCGGGAAGUGAGUCUCAAACUGAGCUAAUGGUCCGCACGUAUACCGACGCCGGGAUAGACCCGACACAACUCACUUACAUAGAAGGCCACUGCGCCGGCACUCAGGCUGGGGAUGUAAUUGAAAUGGAGUCCAUAUACAACGCGUACUGCAAACCUAUGGGACGAACGGAUCCGUUGCCGUUCGGGUCAGUGAAGAGCAAUAUGGGUCACGCGGAGGGCUCCUCCGGUCUCUCGUCGCUAAUCAAAGUACUUAUCGCUUAUGAAAAUGAAUUAAUUCCUCCGAAUUUGAAUCUCAAUAAAUUGAGAGAUGAUGUCCAGCCAUUUGUGCCACCAAUUAUGCCCGUGGUCAAGCCAUUCGUUUAUAAACCAGGUUCAAUUAUAAUAAAGAAAAUAUCGGAAGAAAUUAAAGGAAAAAUAAAAUAUGAUUACAAGAAACAGAUGGGAGUUAUGAGAGAGAAAACAGUGCGACCUCUUUGGGUACUAUUCCCGGGUUUGGGCGGUCAGUGGCCGGCAAUGGCUAAGGCUUUAAUGCCAAUCAAGAUAUUCGCCGACACUAUUGAAGAAUGUCAUCAAAUACUCGAUAAAGAGUUUGGCAUUGAUUUGAAACAUAUAUUAUUAUCGGAGGACAAGACAGCCAUCUCUACAAUGACCGCCAAAUUUGUGGCGACGACUGCUUUACAGGUGUCGUUGUUUGCGGUCAUCAAAGACUUAGGGAUCACUCCCGACGGCAUAAUUGGUCACUCAUUUGGUGAGAUUGCCUGCGCUUUCGCCGACGGAUGUCUUACUGUAAAGGAGGCUAUGAUUUAUACAGCAUUUCGGGCCAUAAAUAGCAAACAAAAUGCGAAAAUAACCAAAGGAUUGAUGGCAUUCGUGGGUCUGUCCAGAGCUGAGGCACUGAAAUACUGUUCAAAUGAUGUUUACAUUGCGUGUAAUAAUGCGAGCAAUAGUGUCGUUAUUUCAGAUUGCGAUGAAAUCCCAUACCAUUCGCCAUAUAUUAGCGAAUCGGCGAAAGCCAUGAGAGAAGACAUUAAGAAAUAUGUACCAAAUCCUAAACUCCGGUCCAAUAAAUGGUUGUCCACUUCGGUGUUGACAUCACAUCCUGAAGACGAGGCUUUGAAAUACUCGGGCGGAGAAUAUUUUGAGUAUAAUAUGUCAAAUGAGGUUCGAUUUUAUGAACAGUUGCAGAAACUGCCCGUCAAUGCAGUUGUCCUCGAAUUGAGUCCGCACUCAAUAUUCGGACAAAUAGUGAACGAAACUCUCAAAGACUGCACUAAUAUAUCACUCCUUAAAAUGGAUUCAAACCAUACAAAUAUGGAUAUGUUUUUGUCCGGUUUGGCACAGCUUUACGAACUGGGCUUUAAUCUAGACGUCCAUAGACUCUACCCGUCAGUUGAGUGGCCGGUGGCCCGCAAUACACAGUCUAUUGCAUCACUAAUCAAAUGGGAUCACAACCAGAGUUAUCCUCUAAGACCUUAUGAGGAAAGAUAUUUCCGAACGAAUGCCUCGAAUACUAACGUUACUAUCAGUCAUAAACUAAAUCAGGACUCAUUUUACCUUGAUCAUAUUGUGGACGGACAGCCCCUAUACCCGGCCACAGGCUUCCUGAUGCUGGUCUGGCGUAAAGCGGCCGCAAGUGUUGGCAAAUUUUGGAUCGACUGUCCCGUAGUGUUUGAGAACAUACACUUCAAACGAGCGGUGUUUUUGUCGGACUCGACUGAUACUAAACUUGUUGUUAAAUAUAGUCCACAAUCGGGUGAGUUUACAAUUAACGAGAAGGACGAACUGUGUGUUACGGGUAGAGCACAACCCGUAUUGGGAGCCACGGGUGGGGACGCAGACGAGUCCGCACUCAUUGGCCAGCAAUCAAUCGACGAGUGGAGACACUUAGUGGGGAAGACGUCCAACACUAUUGACCGCAAAGACAUUUAUAACGACGUGAGGGCUCUGUGUAUAGAUCACGGCCCGGCUUUCCAGCGGCUCAGUUGUAUCGGAACCGACGACUUUAUACUAUUGUACGGUCGGUGCGAAUGGACGGGCAAUGCUGUCACUUAUUUAGACGGCUUAUUGUUGGCGACAAUGAUUCAGACGCCGUCCCGCAAGACAUCUGUGCCCGUAAUGAUCCGUAGACUGUGUGUCGACCCCCGCCUACUCUUUGACAGCAUUAAAGCAUCCUUACUGUCCGCCGAAAUGUCAGUACCGAAUAACGAGGACAUUCAUAUUGAAGGUUUUGUUAAGAUCGCAUUGGAGGAAAGCGCUGACUUAGAGAAGCAAUUGAAUGAUCGCUACGCUGUGUAUUCGGCAGAAAUGCCCUUUCGGUACAACAGUCUUACCCGACAACUGGUGUCGCCCGGCAUUGAAAUCGACGAUCUGGUCGUCCAUCCCAUCGCCCGCCGGCCCGACACUAAUCUUACACUAGAGUCCUAUGAGUUCUGUCCCAACAAUGAUAUGGAGGCAAUCGAUGACAGCAUGCGCUCAGAAAUGUUGCAAUAUAUUAAGAAAAAGAUGAUUACUUUUAAAGAAACGGCUAAUAAUUGCGAUAACAUAUGGCUUAUGGCAAACGACACGACAAUCAAUGGUAUCAUUGGUUUAAUGAAUUGUUUGCGUUUAGAACCGGGAGGAGAGAUAUUCCGCUAUAUUUUCUAUAACGAUAACAAUAAUAACGAAACUCAAAUUGAUUUCACAAUCAAACCGUAUUCUGAUAUAUUGGCCAAUGAUUUGGUGGCAAAUGUUAUGAAAGGGGAAGUUGUGGGCACUUAUAGACACUUAAAACUGCCCAAUGAUUACGAUAAAUGUCUAUCAAAUGAUUACUUCUUAAAUAUGGGUCAAACACGUGAUAUAUCGGGUUUGCAAUGGUUUGACGGACGAAAUGUACCGCUAAUUAAAUACGAUUUUGGCAAUAAUAAAGUGGACAAAACAAGAGUUGAUAUUUAUUGCUCUGGUAUUUCCUCUCGUGAUAUAUCCAUAACUAGUGGCCAUAUUUCCGGUGGUUUUCACUCAAUGUUCACCGACUGUCUGUUGGGCGGGGAAUACGCCGGGCGUCGGGCGGAUACCGGGCAGCGGGUUAUGGGUAUUGAGUUCGGGCGUUGUAUUGCCACUCAUGUUAACGCCUGUGUCCUCAAUAUGGCUCCGAUACCCGAUCACUGGUCAAUGGCUGAGGCGGUGACUGUACUCAACAGCUAUUCGACAGUAUAUUAUGCACUCAUUAAAAAGGCUAAUAUUUUAAAAGACGAAAGUGUAUUAAUACACUCCGGAGCGGGAAGUGUAGGUCAGGCGGCCAUUAAUGUUUGCCAACACUUCGGAUGCGAUAUUUAUGUGACGGUUGGGACGGAAGAGGAAAAACAGUUUCUCAUCAAAGAGUAUAAUAUUCCGGAGAAUCGGAUUUUUAGCUCAAGAGAUAUGCGAUUCAAGAGUGAAAUAAUUGAGGCGACAAACGGUCGGGGAAUAGAUGUUGUGCUCAAUUCAUUGACCGGCAAAAAGUCGGAUUUGAGUUUUGAAUGUUUGGCAAAAAGUGGACGGUUUAUCGAGUUAAACAAAUCGGACCAUGGGCAAAAUCGUAAACACAAUCCAUACGAUUUUGACGGCGAUAUUCAAUACAUCGGAGUUUCAGCCAAUCUUUUGAUUACAGACAUCGGGUUUUUGCCAGAGUUUUAUGAAUGGAUUCAACAGAACUCGUGUCCGAAUGGGUUUAUCCGUCCAUUGAAUUAUAUAGUAUUCGGGGCCAAAAGAGUUGUCGAUGCGUUUUGUUAUAUGACUACCGGUCGACACAUCGAGAAAGUAGUCCUUAAAUAUAGGGACGAGUCGUCAGAUGUGUGGCCAAUGAAUCGCAUUACUCCGGCAUAUGAUCUGAAGGUUGACAUUAAGACAUAUUUCAAUAGUGAAAAGGUAUUCAUAAUAACGGGUGGUUUGGGAGGAAUGGGAUUGGAGUUGAUGUCAUGGAUGCAUAUGAGAGGCGCCCGAAAGUUUGUACUCACUUCUCGUUCUGGUAUUAAAACUAAUUAUCAAAAGUUUUUCAUCAAUCGUAUGAAAUCUUAUUGCAAAACAAAUCAAUAUUUUGAGUCCCAAAUCAUAAUAUCGACGGCCAAUGGACUCACUAUUGAGGGUUCAAAACAACUGCUAUCGGAGGCCAAACAGUUGGGACCCAUUGGAGGGGUCUUUCAUUUGGCACUCGUUUUAAACGAUUGUUUAUUUGAAAACAUGACGAUUGAAAAGUUUGGGGAAACGGUUGACACUAAGCACCGGGUGUUUGCAAAUCUGGAUCAACUGACGCGACAAUUGGACUAUAAAUUAGACUAUUUUGUAGUGUUUUCGUCUCAAUUCACUGGCAGUGGUUUUGACGGCCAAACAAACUAU